UUGACUUUUAUGACCCGAUCCGUUUCCUUACCCGCCCAAUUCUACAUCUGGACGGUUGAGAGCUUAACUACUCUACUACCAAGCACCAACCACAAGCAGAACGAAACUCUAAAUGAAUUUGGUGCACCUAAAUCAAUGUAAGUAGAAAUCCGAAACAAGAUAAACGACACUUUGCGUUUUCAUCUUCUUUGUUAAAGAAAUGGCGAUAUUGGAAGAAUCAGUUGCGAGUUCAAAGAUUUCUCCGCCAAAUUCAUACGGAGCCGUUGUUCUUGGCGGUACCUUUGACCGGUUACAUGACGGACAUCGCCUCUUUCUCAAGGCAGCGGCGGAGCUGGCGAGGGAUCGAAUUGUCGUUGGAGUUUGUGACGGUCCAAUGUUGGCUAACAAACAGUUCUCAGAGUUAAUACAGUCCAUUGAGGAAAGGAUUCGUAAUGUUGAAAAUUACAUCAAGUCUAUUAAACCAGAGCUUAAAGUGCAAGCUGAACCUAUUACUGACCCUUAUGGCCCUUCAAUAAUUGAUGCAAAUUUAGAAGCAAUUGUUGUCAGCAAAGAGACAUUACCUGGUGGCAUGUCAGUUAAUAAGAAGAGAGCUGACAGGGUUCUUUCACAGUUGAAGAUUGAAGUUGUGGAUCUGGUUUCUGAAGGAUCCAGCGGAGAUAAACUAAGUUCAACAACCUUAAGGAAGCUUGAGUCUGAGAAGGCCAAAAAAGAGCAGCUUGAGACUGAGAAGGCUGAAAAAGAACUGCUCGAGGCUGAGAAGGCAGAAAAAGAACUGCUCAAGGCUGAGAAGGCCCAAGAAGAACGGCCUGCAGAAUAAAUGUUGGACACAGAAGGGUUGAAGGAAUUCUGCAUAUAAUCUGAGUUGUUGAGGCUGAGGACAGGAUGAAACAGCUAAAGGAGUAUCUGUGUUGAGCAUAACGCAAGAUCCAGAAAGAUUUGUAAUUGUAACAAUGUAGCAUUAACAUGAUCUUAGCUUGUUCUUUUUCUGUAAUGAUAAAUUGAUAAUAGAGUGAUGUAUACAGACAACUAGAAUUUUUAUAAUAAGGCGUACGCAUACAUUGAGGCACAAUAUGUGCAGCGGAAUAAAUUUUGAU